GCUCCGCCAAGUCCAUGUCCGAAACCAAACCCGAAUCCUUCUCUUGGUCCUCACAAACUUUCCUUCUCUUCUUUGUCAGCGAACCAGAAUUUCACACUCAACAAUCAAAGCAUUUAUGAUUUCUUCUCCGCACCACAACUUCUCUAAUGUCUCGCCAAUCUCGUAGGACUAGGGACCCGUAAUCCAUCAUAUCCACACAACCAUUAUUCUCGGGAACUAAACGCCGACAGAAACACCAUAACAAAGUAGUUCUUUUUCUCUCUCUUUUUUUUUGAAAUUCAAGAUUUGUGAGCUAUUUUGAGGGGCAAGUUUCGACUCUGCUGGUCAAAUUUGUGUUGAAUCAACGUAUUCUCUUCAGAGAAAACAAAGAAAAAGUGUUUGGGUUUGACGAUCUGAUGGCGGAUUUUGGACCCAAAUGGAAGGUCUUGAGGUCGGUAUUGAUGGUAUUUUUCAACUUUGGCUUAGCUUUGGUGUUCGUAGAGGCCGAGAGAGGCUUGAAGCUUCGCGAAGAGGUUACGGGAUUCAGUGGAACAGAGGAUUCUGCAGCGAGUUACCUUCUCAAAGCAGUAAAUUUCUUUUGGAAAUCUGAUCGAACAGGUUAUCAGCAUGUUUGGCCGGAAAUGAGAUUUGACUGGCAAAUUGUGGUGGGUACCAUUGUUGGAUUCUGUGGAGCAGCAUUCGGGAGUGUUGGUGGUGUUGGUGGUGGUGGCAUUUUUGUUCCGAUGCUUAGCCUGAUUAUUGGGUUUGAUCCAAAAUCAGCAACUGCAAUUUCAAAAUGCAUGAUCAUGGGUGCAGCAGCUUCAACUGUAUACUAUAACCUUAAGCUAAGGCAUCCUACACUUGAUAUGCCUAUUAUUGACUAUGAUUUGGCUCUGCUAAUCCAACCAAUGCUAAUGCUGGGAAUUAGCAUAGGAGUUAUUUUCAAUGUGAUAUUCCCUGACUGGAUGGUCACAGUUCUACUUAUCAUUCUCUUUAUAGGCACGUCAACGAGGGCGUUCUUCAAGGGUGUUGAGACAUGGAAAAAGGAAACCAUAAUGAAAAAGGAGGCGGCUAGGCAUUUGGAGGCUAAUAAUGGUGGUGGUCAGGAAGUGGAAUACAAGCCCCUCCCCGGUGGCCCUCAAAAGGACACCAUAGAACCAGAGGUAUCAAUUAUCAGAAAUGUUUAUUGGAAGGAACUUGGACUGCUUGUUUUCGUUUGGCUCGCAUUCCUUGCGCUUCAGAUAGCUAAGAGUUAUACUUCUACUUGUUCGACAGCAUAUUGGAUAUUGAACUUGCUGCAGAUUCCAAUCUCUGUAGGGGUAUCAACUUAUGAGGCAGUAAGCCUAUACAGAGGACAGAAAGUGGUUGCAUCCACAGGAGAUCAAGGCAGAGACUGGAAAGUUCACCAGCUUGUGACCUAUUGUGCAUUUGGUGUACUCGCUGGAAUUGUUGGUGGACUUCUUGGACUAGGUGGUGGAUUUAUCAUGGGUCCGAUGUUUUUGGAACUGGGUGUCCCUCCUCAGGUCUCAAGUGCCACAGCAACAUUUGCAAUGACAUUCUCUUCAUCCAUGUCUGUGGUAGAAUACUAUCUUCUGAAACGUUUUCCGGUUCCAUACGCUCUCUACUUUGUGGCCGUAGCCACAUUUGCUGCAUUAGUAGGGCAGCAUAUAGUGAGACGGAUGAUCAUUAUGCUUGGAAGAGCAUCACUUAUCAUAUUCAUUCUAGCCUUCACAAUAUUUGUUAGUGCUAUCUCACUAGGGGGAGUGGGCAUAUCAAACAUGAUUUGGAAAAUUGAGAGACAGGAAUACAUGGGAUUUGAGAACCUCUGCAAAUAUGAUGCAUAGCAUGUUGUUUUCUAUUUUCCCUCGAUACUCUCAUUGAAAGCUCCAGUACCUAAUCUUCUAAUUCAAUUGAAAGGAAGGGUCUGUGCUUGUUGCUGUCAAAUUUUCAAAUUGGGAUUUCACGGUUUUUCAUAAGUAAAUGUUAACAGAAUUGCAUCUUAGUGGAAUUUAUCACUAAAAAUUCCAACUUUAAUAAAGAUGAGAGCGACUAGAGAUUUGACACUGA